AUGGCUGCGGGGAAACAAUGGAAACGGUUAUUGUGGUUGAAACAGCCGUUCCCAGAUACCUACACUGAUCCAAGUUUCUACAAACAAUGGGAGAAGUUGAAAAUUGAACAUGGGCAUUUGAGGCCUCACUCCUCGUACAGGUCUGUUUUACUUGAUCUCUUCCAGUUUUACCACAUGAUUAUUAAUACUAUGUUACUCUAUAUUAUAUUUGCCUGGUUCUAUCAUUACAAAUACAAUCCGAUUUUAAUUGCUGCCUCAAUUUCAUCUGUUUCCUUAAUAGUUGCCAACAAGAGGGUACCCUGGAAAUCCACUAUCAUCAUUAUAUUUGCAAUGUUGACCUUAUCUCCAGUGCUUAAAUCUUUGUCCAAGACAACUUCGUCCGAUUCCAUCUGGACUCUAUCUGCAUGGUUCACAACCUUUUACAUCAUAUCGAUCUCCGCUCUUGAAUCUAAAAUCCUACCGACCAAUAUUCUACUCUCAAAUGUGACCGUACUUUCUUCAAGAUUAGAUACCUCCACCCAAGUUUUCUGUUUCCUUUUGAUAUGUAUCCAAAUUAACAUUCUACUGCCGACGAUGGAAAAGUAUUUCAUAAAGAAUAAGUUGAAAUUCCUGCAUAUACUAUGUGUUAUUGCGACACAUGGUACAGUCUACUAUUUUAUAACGAAGUUAAUGGGUGUCGGGAUCACGAUACCUUUGGGAAUAUCAUCUUUGUUACUAUUAUUUGGAAUCCCUCAUUACUAUAUCCACUGGGAAAGCUACUAUUAUAAAGGACAUCCGAUUUUACAGCAGUGGGACGCUGAAAAACCAAUAUUAGAUUAG